AUGUCCUCCGCCGAUCCAGAGCAGAAUCUCUCGCCCGCUGAAUUGGCCGACCGCGAACGAGAGGAGACGGAGCGGAAGGCCCGCGAGGCAGCGGAGCAGGCCCAGCUCCCCUACAAUUGGACCCAGACCAUUCGGGAUGUGGACGUCACGGCGCCGAUUCCUGCCAACAUCAAGGGCCGUGACAUGGAGGUGACCCUGACCAAAAGCAAGAUCCGCGUGGCGAUCAAGGGACAGGAGCCGAUUAUCGAGGGCGACUUCCCCCACCCCAUUCUCGUGGAUGAAUCCUCCUGGACUCUGGAGACAACCACCAAGCCACCUGGUAAGGAAGUCAAUGUUCACCUCGAUAAGGUGAACAAGGUGGAAUGGUGGCCGCACGUGGUCACGUCAGCGCCCAAGAUCGAUGUGACCAAGAUCACCCCAGAAAACUCCAGUUUGAGUGACCUGGAUGGGGAGACCCGUGCCAUGGUUGAGAAAAUGAUGUACGAUCAGCGACAGAAGGAGAUGGGUGGCCCCACCAGCGGCGAGCAGAAGAAGAUGGACUUGCUGAAGCAAUUUCAGGAGCAGCACCCUGAGAUGGAUUUCUCCAAUGCGAAGAUGGGUUAA